GUGUCAAAUCACAAAUGUCAUUUGUCACAAUCUGAAUUCAGACAUCGUCACACAAGAAAGUGAAAAAUCUAAUUAUAUUUUCGAAUAGUCAACUAUUUUGUUAAUUUCUGCAAACAAUUUGUAUCAACAAAUCUAUAUUUUUUCGAGAAAUUUGUGUUUUUGAAAUUCUUUAUGAUGCUCUGAAGGAUAUAAAAUGGCUAGAUCUGGAAAAACAGCACAAGAGUUUAUACAAAAGUCAUUUUCACCUAUUAUUGGAGUAUUAUGCAGUCAAAAAGUUGACAAUGUAGUUGCGAAGAAUAAUCUGUCAUUCCACGAGUUGUUCCAGCCUUUCACUGCUUUGGAUUGGGAAGGACAAUUCCGGGAUUCUGGUGGCAACAUCUAUACAGUUAAAAACUGGAAACUGAUAAUAAGAGAGGUAAAUUGGAAACCUUUACAGCCCACAGAAGCCAGACGCCAAUUGAACAAUGCUGCGCUGUAUAAUUUCAAUGAUAAAACUGUUCAAGUUGAUAUAGAUGGGCGCAAAUUUGACAUUCCACAAACAACUAAUUGGUUUGAUGCAUGGAGAGAAACAUACCUUGAAGUACAAUUUCCAUCAGACCAUGAGUUUACAAAACAUUUCAUUUCCUGCAUUAUAGUGGGUACUGCGCAUGAAGACAACAUUAUUGACACAUUUAAUGCAUUGAAUCAACAAUAUGCACAACUGCAAAAUGUAGCACCACCAAAAUUGCCAAAAUGGUUCAAUAAUGCAGUUUUGAAAACUUAUUUGUUGUUACACGAUGUCUCAGUACUACCUAUGGACAGAGCGGAGGCGGCGUUUGAAACGUUAAAACAAACAUUUGGCGCUAGCAAUUGUUUUAUGCUCUCCAUUAAUUCAAAAAAUACUUCAGAUAACAAUAUAUCCACAGAUUUAUGGAGCCAGUUAAUCAAAAGAUCGUCAGAGUCUAAUAGUGAUAUUUCAUCAUCAGUCGCUAAUCUGCCAGGGACACCUUCAGAACCACAAGCAGUAUUUCAACCACCUGGAGUUAACAUUGUUGGUGAAGAUGGCGUUACCUUAACAACUUCAAUGCAAGAAGGCGUGCAUCCAUUAACAAGUCCAGAGAAUGACCUUUACGACAAUGCUAAUAGUUUACAGACUCAUUCUUUUUCUGGAAGUGUAGAAAGCGUCAGCGUAAGUGCUAAAGGGAUAGAUUUCUCAAAUGAAGUGCACGGAGCUGCCUUAAAUACGAAUGAUAUUGAUGCUAUAAAACAAUUCCUACAAGAUUAUGCUUCGAAAGCUUUGUUGCCUUACCUGGAGAAACAAAUAUCUCAGUUAUCUGAAGUGGUAGCUAAUAGAAAAGGCGUUAGCAGAUCUUUGCUAUCUGCCACGAAGCGAUGGUUCGGAACAGGAAAACCAGGCAAUACUACUGGAAACAGCACUGUUGUGUAUACCAGUGAUUGUCCAGAACUACAGUUGCGUCGGUUAGGUGAUUUAUGGUUUCUGUGUGGACAAUGGCAGCGUGCUUUUGAUGCUUAUCACUCGGCCAAGCGUGAGUUCUAUGCAGACAGCGCUUGGCUGUGCUAUGCUGGGGCUCUAGAAAUGGCGGCCAUUAGCGCUUUCAUGGCGGGAGAAGCUAACCGAAAAACACAUGCGUAUAUGGAAGAGAGUAUUGUGACGUACUUGAAUACUUGCAGGAUGGUGCAAUAUGCGGUUAGAGCAACUUUGCUCUCCGUAAUGUGUUUAAGUGCCUCAGGAUUUUACGGAGAAGCCGCAAAACAAUUGAUUCGAAUGACAUCAGAAGACAGUGAUCUUCGUAGUGCUAUGCUUUUGGAACAAGCUGCACUUUGCUUCUUAUCAGGUCCCGGCGCAAAAGCUAUGUGCAGAAAAUAUGCAUUCCAUAUGGUCUUAGCGGGACAUAGGUUCUCUAAAGCGGGACAGAAAAAACACGCCUACAGAUGUUACCAACAAGCUUAUCAAGUGUACGCGGAGAGCGGCUGGCGGCUGGCGAGCGACCACGUGCAGUUCGCGCUGGGGCGGCUGGCGGGCGCGCUGCGAGCCACGCGCGCCGCCGCCGCCUGGCUCGCCGCGCCGCUCGCGCCCGCCUCGCCGCAGCCGCCGCACCAGCAGGACGCCUUCCUGCGCGAGUACAUGCUGGCGCAGCAGCACUGCGCCGAGCCCGCCGCGCUGCCGCCGCUGCCGCUGCCGCUGGUGCUGCAGCGCGCCACGGCCGUGCUGUGCUGCGGCCCCGCGCCGCUGGCCGCGCCCGGCCGCCGCGCCGCCUCGGCGCUCAGCCUGCGCGACCCCGACCGCAGCACGCUGUGGACCGGCCUCGAGGAGAUGCUGUUGCAGGUGGCGCGCGGCUCCGUGCCGAUGAUCUUCAAACCCACCGUGGACCUGUACACCGACCUCACCGAUUGUCACCCGAUCGUGCCGCAGGGAGAGCCUGUUGAAAUAUCGAUAACUUUAUGGAAUCCCUUGAAGAUACCUCUUGUUUUGAAAGACCUAGACCUUUUAUGGCGUUUCACUCCACAUGUGGAAAACGGAGAAGACCCGGAAGAACCAAUUAGCAACGAGCUGUCUGUGGGCUCUGGGGUCGCUGUGGAAAGUAAAAUUAUUGUUGGCCAGACACUCAAAUCAUUCUUGUUAGAAGGAGACUGCAAAAAAUCAUUGACCUUCAUCUUGACCCCAUUACGCGUAGGGCAGUUGAAUAUCGAAGGAUUAGCUUACAAGUUAAUAAAUCCCGGGGAAGGAGGCAAUGAAAACAGCGGUAAUGGAGUCGCAAUCCAAGGCAAAAUAAACUUAGUGUCCGGCGAAAAAAGUGUGGACAAACGGUUGCAAAUUACAGUUAUCCCCGAAGCACCUUGCUUACAGAUGACAUUUUCUGAAACCAACUCGGAUAUCAUAAGCGGGGAGAUGCGCACCCUAGACGUGGAAUUCACAAAUGUCGGUCCUGUAGACAUGAAAGAUCUCUAUAUCGCCGUAUCACACCCUGAUUGCAUCAGUAUUAUCACCCCGGAAGGAGAGACUGAUAACUUCAAAAUAUUAUACGAUGAGAAAUAUCGUGACCCGACCACGUUCGCUGUAUUGCGUGUUGCAGACGAGCGCGCGGCGCGGGCGGAGGCGUGGCGCGCGGCGGCGGCGCGGCACGUGCGCGGCGUGGCGCGCGCGCUGCCCCGCGCCGGCGCCGUGCGCGCGCGCCUGCUGCUGCGCACGCGCGCCGCGCUGCCCGACCUGCGCCUGCUCGCCUAUUACCACACGGGCCGCCCUCAGCGCCCACACCGUCUGCUGCGGCACGUGUUCCGCUUCACAGUGUCCGACGUGGUCGACGUGUCCGUAGCGCCGCGCCGCAGCCUGGCCGCGGCGGGGUCCGAGAUGUUCGAAAGCGCUGGCCUGGCUGUAGAGGUUAAAAAUGUUUCCGGCGAAAAGAGCAAAGAUAUGUGUGUGGAGGUUCUGCAAGCAGCGUUACUCAGCCGCCAGUGGAGCCUGACUGGCCUUUUCGCGGCUUCGCAGAAGGACGACUUGCUCAUGUCACGCGAGCGGCUGCACCUUGCACUUAAAGCACGAAGAAUCCUUAACGAGCUGCCUCAAGGAGAAAUUCACGAUUCCAGCCUUAAUAUGAUAGAUGGCCACCCUGACUGUGCGGAAAGUAUCACUACAUCGCCCUAUUCCAAGUUUAUUAUGGAGAGUCGCCGUUCCUGGCUCGAUAACCUAGACGUUGACUUCAUCCAAGAUUUUACGCAGAAAAGGACAGGACUGAUAAGAUCGAUGUUUAUUCUUAGAUGGAAAGUGCACGAUAAAGUAAAAGGGACAACAGCCAUCGGGCAGCACUGUUUAUGGUUAGAAUGUUUCACUAAAGCGCAAUUGGGAGACAACGAUUUCCUGUCAAUCAAUAGUAAUCCAUCCAUCAAACUAGAUGAAUACGAUAGUAAACCAGAUUUAAGUGAAGAUAAUAAGAAAAACAAAAAAGAUAACAUGGUUAUCUUUAGAAUGGAUCUCUCUAAACACAUAACGCACGAUUUUAAUUUGAGGAAAUUAUGCAUAAUUCCAGUUACUUUGAAUAUAGUCAAUUGCUACGGCGUGCCUGUUGAUGUGUUCAUAAAUAUGUCAAAACAGAUAAAUAGGGAGGCGUCGUCCGAGCUGGGAUGGGCGGGCGCUCUUUCAUACAACGCCUCUGGAGACUCCAAAGAGUUGGGAGUGAGCGUCAGCCUCGACAAGUUCGAGUCGCGGCGCGUGCGGCUGCGGGGCGUGUGCGCGGCGCCCGGCACCUACCUCGUGGGCUCCGCCUUCACCGUCACCACCGCCGCCGCCGCCACCGCCACCGCCGCCACCACCGCCACCACCGCCACCACCGCCGCAGACACACACCUCAAUAUUACCAAUUUAUCCCGAAAUGCUUCAUUGCUUGUCGUGCAACAGACUUAAUUAAUUCCACCAUUUAUCUUCAUUAUAUUAUGUACUAUACUUUAAACUAUCCAUGGCUUUUGUAGGAAUAAUAUAAAAAUGAUACUACUUAAUAUAUACCUAAAGGUAA